CUUUUUUAGUUUAUCAGUGCAGUUAAUAUACAUUUAACAAUCACAAAAUGAAUUCAACAAUCUUACUUUGUUUUGUUGUUGUCAUCGCUUCAGCAAUUUGUAUUCAAGCAGUUCCAACAAACUUAGAACUGAGUGAUUUACAAAAUCCAGUAGCACCAGUUCACGGGGAACGUCAACGGCGUGUUACCUGUGAUUUAUUGAGUGUCAGUACAAAGUGGGGAUCCUUAAAUCAUGCAGCUUGUGCUGCACAUUGUUUGUCUAUGGGUGGAGGACGUCGUGGAGGCAGCUGUAAAAAUGGUGUUUGCGUUUGUAGAAAAUAGAAAAUUUUUAUAGAAAAUUAAAAUUAUCAUAAAAA